GCAUCAACACAGCACGAAUACCAUCACCAUAAGAGCUACUAAUCAUCUCAGAGUACUCACAGGGAAACAUUUACCCAACUGGAGGACUUGCACAAGGACAUUGGCAGUGAUGGCAUCUCCGGCACGACCUCGCAGAUUCGCACCACUGAAUCCAGAGAAGAAAAGGGAAGGGGAUAAACGGCCUAUCUUGAAGGGCGUCGUCUUCGAUGUUGAUGGAACACUGUGUUUACCCCAAAAUUAUAUGUUUGCACAGAUGCGGUCCGCUCUCGGCAUUGACAAAGGCACAGACAUCCUGGACUAUAUCUACUCCUUACCUGAUUCCGAACAGGAAGAAGCUCAGGAAAAGGUUCGAGAUAUCGAGCGUACCGCGAUGAAGAAGCAGAAGCCGCAAGCCGGUCUUGUUGAGCUCAUGGACUACCUGGAUUCGCGGGGCCUAAAGAAGGGCAUCUGCACACGAAACUUUGAUACACCUGUCGAACACCUCCUCACCACUUUCCUACCUUCAUCAGAAUUUAGUCCCGUUAUCACACGCGAGUUCCGUCCGCCAAAGCCGGACCCUGCUGGUAUCCUGCACAUCGCAAAGCAAUGGAUGCACGAGGACGGCGGUGACAGUCUGAUUAUGGUUGGCGAUUCCAUCGACGACAUGACUGCUGGGUUCCGUGCAGGCGCAGCUACAGUGCUACUUGUCAAUGACGUCAACAAGCACCUUGCUGAGCAUCAGCAUACAGAUCUUGUGGUGCAGCAGCUCGAUGAUUUGAUUGAGAUACUGGAGAAUGGCUUCGAAGGCAGAGUUGAGGCUGAUAAGGAGGACGUCGAUGCGAAAGGACUGGUACAGGAAGCCACGAAGAAGAGCUGAUGAGCGCUCCAAAACAAUCGCCCUAAGCUCAAGACCUGUCAAGACAACGUAGCAUUGUGUGCAUGUUGGCAUGCAAGGAACGUCGUGACGACAAUUGAUAACGGUCUCCGAAGCAACAC